AGUAUCGACAUCUUGACUGACUUAAGCAUCAUUGCAUAAUUCUGUUCAUAGUAUGUGAAGCAUAAUUGAUGAUGGCUUGGUUCCCUUUCCUUGGGUAACCAGCUCUCACUGUUGGGCAACAAUAACUAACAAAUCCGCUAUCGGCAUCUGGUGAACUCUGAUGAGCUUGACUCAUCAACAUACUUUGUCCAUAUCAUCAUUUGUACCUGCGCCCGACUUUUGAUCUCAUCCUUGCCACACUGCUUUCUACAAGAUGAGCGCCCCAAGCAAGGACACAUGCUCGAUACUGGUCAUCAACCCGAACACCUCGUCGCAUAUGACCAAUGCGCUAAUUCCACUAUUGGAUAACCUCGGCCACGGGGGUACUCAGUUCGACUAUUUCACAGCCCCGGUGUCGGAAACCGUCACUCUUCCGGACGGCAGCACUGUGGAGGGGGUGCCCAGCAUUGACUCAGGCGAAGACUCGGUGAAAUCGGCUCUCUACUGCAUGCCAUUUCUUGAGCGCAUCAUUUCCGAAUAUGACGGCUUUAUCGUAUGUUGCUUCUCAGCUCACCCUCUAGUGGGGAUGUUGAAGGAGAAGGUGCGCAAGAUCGAGGAAUCAAACACCACCAUCGUGCCAUCAGAGCAGAAAGUGAAGCGAAAGUACGUCACGGGUAUCUUCGAAGCUGGAGUGCUAGCUUCGCUGGGCGUGGUCAGCUCGUUUCAGUACGCAUCGGGGCAGGGCUUCCACAAGGCCCAGUCGCCGGAAACUUUCGGCAUCAUCUCCACCGGCAAAAUCUGGGAGACGGAGCUCAGCAGUGCCGUUGCUGACAUGCUCGGUCGUUCAAGCGACGGUAGCAUUAGUCAUUUUGCUGGGGUUGAGACUACAGGGCUGACCGCCGUUGAGCUGCACACCACUCCUCCCCAAGAAGUGAGACGACGGCUUGUCGAAGCAACUGAGCGACUCCUCAAAGGCUCGCAACGUUCCGUGGGCGCGAUCUGCAUGGGUUGCGCCGGUAUGGUAGGCAUGGAAGAAGCAGUCCGAGAAGGGUGUGUGAAAGCAUAUGGUCGGCAGAAGGGCUGUCAAGUGAGAAUCAUUGAUGGGGUUGCUGCCGGGGCGGGGAUGCUUGUGACAGCAUGCAAAGUCGGUUACUGAACGAAGCCCGCAUUUGACCUCCUUUGUACAUACAGAAAUUUUAUCGCCCUGGGUAGGUCAGGGUGGUAUCGAGGCUCUCAGUAGGCCUGCUGCUGAAUUAGAACAGCAGCGGUCUGGCCAUUCGUCAAACAGUACGGCAAUUCUGCGCCAAGUCUAAGCUUCGAUGAGAGCGCAAAUCAGUCGGUAGUGCAGACCAAUGCAUGCAAAUCUCGCUCGCUCGUGAA